AUGGCCCCUCGAUCAAUAGACAGUCAGAUGCUCGUAAAUGGGCCUACGCUGUCUUGUGAAUCCCAAAAUGGGGAGUGCGGUGAGACAACGCCCUCAAGACUACUGAAGCGCCAGAGAUCGUCAGACAAGAUGCACGAGAAGCGAAAGAAGAGCCGACAGGACAGCGCCGCGGGGUCAACACCGUCUUGUCCUCUAUUAGUGGCUCUGCGAGAGUAUGGUCUUCUUGAGAACGUCCUUUCUUGUCUUUACCCCGACGACCUACUAGCGCUCCUGUUGUGCUCAAAGUCUAUAUACCAGACACUUGUCCCACAACCUGGUAGCCUAGAAAACUUGCUUGGCAAGUUGAGAUGCUCCGGAAAGGGUGUCCGGAUACGAAGAGAACGACAUGUCAAGUCGUCCUUCUUCUAUGCAUACGAAUGCAGUGAAUACGUCGAAUGUGGGGCAAUAGACGGUGUCGCCGAGUCUCGUCCCUGCACAAACUGCAAGGUUACGACUUGCAACGAAUGCCGCAUCCAUUGUGUAUACCAGAGUAUCUUCGAGAAGCCAUGCGAAGAUGACGAGCUGCCCAACUAUAGCGGUUUCAUCCUUCUCUCGCCGUCCGAGAUACCCAUAUUGAGCCCCCACCACCUGAAAGAUGAUCUCACUACACCACAAUGGCAAGCCCCAUCACCUGCCACAACUGCGCCCUACCACGAUCAGGGGUUUAUUGAUGUACCCCUUGAGGAGGAAAGCUUCGGCCCGCCCGAGUGCGUCGACGAUUUCCUAAACUUGGAUCUUGGCACAUGCACAUUUGCCGGACCAGUGGCUUCAAACGUAGCCCACCCAUCACCUGUUCUCCGAUCAUUAUACCAAACUACAGAAGGAAGAAAACGCCGGUUUUGCGAUAAUCAUCUUCCCUCAGGCAUACCAAAGCAACGAACGGAUCUUUCAAUUCACCAGUGCCAGUGCAGCCUUCGCAGUCGUUUUCUCGACCGAUGGCUCUGUUUACGAUGUUACGAAAACGAAGAAACGACUCUCCGUGAUACAUAUGUUGACCAUGUGGCGCAGUGCUGUUGCGGGUCAACGCAUGUCAGGGAGAUAUGCAUGUGGUGUCUCGGUGAGAUCUCGCAGCCUCACACUGAAGAGGCACAGUCCGACUCCCAAAAUAGCCUUGAUGAGCGCUCUGCUUGA